AUGGUCCCGGCAUCUCGAUUCGAAUUGCUUCCACAGAUUACAGAUACGAAAAUGGACGAAGAUAUCACGCCUAUCACGGUCACUCAGGUUCAGGAUCCUAUUGGGCGCCAAAUGAUGAGCCAUUUGGUUUACACACUGAGGUUAAAUGGAGACUUAUUCUUGGCCCCGGUCGAAAUGGAAUACCCGAAGCUGAAAGUUCUAGAUCUGGGAACAGGGAAUGGUAUUUGGUGUAUUGACAUGGCCCAUGCAUUUCCCCAAUCUGAAAUCAUUGGCAACGACUUGUCACCCAUCCAACCAACAUACGUGCCGCCCAACGUCCAAUUUGAAAUCGAUGAUUUUAAUGAUGAGUGGGUACACCCCGCAAAUCACUUUGAUUUUAUACACGGCCGUGCGCUCUAUGGCAGCGUCACAAGCUGGGAUCAACUAUUGCGCAAAGUUCUCCAUGCUCUGAAACCUGGCGGAUGGUGGGAGUCCGUGGAAACCAUGGUUGAGUUCCAAUGUGAUGACGGCAGUUUACCUGAAGACUCUGCUGUCAAAUAUUGGGUUGGCAUAAUGAGAAUAGCUUGCGAACGGGCGGGAACUUCGUUCGAUGUUGCAGGCCGAGUCAAAGAAUGGUGUGAAGCGGCCGGAUUCGAGGAGGUCACUCAAAGGGUUUACAAGUUACCGAUCGGGCCUUGGCCAAAGGACAAAUCUGAGAAGACACUAGGGAGUUAUAAUUUAGCGAACAUGCUUAGUGCUUGUGAUGGCUUUAGCUUGCAUCUCCUCACCAAGUUUUAUGGAAUGUCUGUCCCAGAACUUAAUGAUUUGAUGGAUAGGGUUAAGGCUGAGAUGAAGAAUAAGAAGAUCCAUUCUUAUUUCAGGAUGUGGGUCUGUUAUGCUCGGAAACCCGAGGCUCCGUAUGAAUCGCGUCCCUCUAGCAGAGGCUCGACAAUACGUCCUCCAGCCUACGACUUAUCCGGCGGCGAGACUACAGACUGCGCGUCGAUUACCGAAGAAUAUGAUGAAUAUGAGGAAGAUGAUACUGAUGCAGAAACUAGCCAACGUGCAUCCCCUCCGGCACAAAGUAUAUACCAUGGACGUCGCGGACAUAGGGGACACUAG